AUGGCGAGCUCCUCUCGACCCGCCAAGCGCGCCCGCGUCCAGCCUGCGGCCGCCGUCGCCCUCCCGACCCCGCCCAAGCGCGAGUCGCUGUUCGCGCCCUUCCGGUCGCUCGGCCAUGUGAGCACCGCCACGCCGUUCGUGCUCCAGAGCCGGUCGAGCAAGUACCUCGAGCAGCCGGCCCUCACCCUCAUCACGAGCCUCGGCCGGUCGUGGGCCAUGUGGGACGGCCAGUCGAUGCGGCUCCUCUUCGUCGGUCCCGACAUGGGCAAGGAGAUCUCGAGCCUCGCCGUCCUCAACGAGAGCGUCUUUGCCGCCGCGGGCGACUUCGUCGGGCGUUACGUACGCGGCAAGGAGGUCGGCCGCUUUGUCGUCGGCGGUCUGCCCACGUACGACAGCGAGAGCGAGUCGAACGCAACCUCGUCGAGCUCGAGCGCAUCGUCGUCGGCCUCGUCGUCGGCGGCCAGCGACUCGGACGACGACGACGACGACGACGACGACGACGACGACGACACCGACCCUUCGUCCCAGCCCGAGUCGCUCGGCAACCUCAUCCUUUUCGGCAACACGCUCGUUGCCCUGUCGUCGACCGGCAAGCGCAUGUACGUGUGGGACGUGCCGCCUUACGUCAAGCCGGCGUCGAAGGACCCGCUCGCCUCGAACGGCAAGGCGGCGCACGGCGACGCCGAGGCCGCAGACGGCGGCAGCGAGACGGACGAGAGCGAGGAGGAGGACGGCGCUGUCACGCCGUACGCGACGCUCGAGUUCCCCGACGGCUUCUCGGCGACCAAGGUCGUCCACCCGGCGAGCUACCUCAACAAGGUCGUCGUCGGCAGCAAGGAGGGCGCUCUCGCCGUCUGGAACGUUCGUACUGGCUCGUGCAUCCACACCUUCUCGCCCUCGGCCAUCUGCGGCACGUCCUCCCCGUCCGCCGUCACCGCCAUCGCCCAGUCGCCCGCCAUCGACGUCCUCGGCGUCGGCCUCGCGAGCGGCGCCUGCAUCCUGUUCGACGUGCGCCUCGGCGAGGUCAUGGGCAAGGUGCGCCUCGAAGGCGAGGGCGCAGGCGAGGUCGCAGGCGUCGCGUUCCGCACCGACGACGAGGCGCAGACGCUCUCGAUCGCGUCGACGUCGGGCCACGUCGCCCUGUUCGACCUGUCCAACCAGAUGCGCCUGCUGCACCUCGUCCGCAACGCGCACGAGGGUCCAGUCGGCGGCCUCGAGUGGGUGCCCGGCCAGCCGCUCAUGGUGACGAGCGCCGGCGACAACUCGCUCAAGCAAUGGCUCCUCGACACGCCGACCUCGGCACCUCGUCUCCUCAAGCAGCGUUCGGGCCACCACGCUCCGCCGCACCUCGUUCGCUACUACGGCGACGACGGCAAGUCGCUCUUGACAGCCGGCGCCGACCGCUCGGUCCGGUACACGAGCGUCGUCCGAGAUUCGCGUGGCUUCGAGCUCUCGCAGGGCUCUAUCGCGCGCAAAGCGACUCGUCUCGACGUCCGGCCGUCCUCGCUCAAGCUCCCACUCGUCACCUCGCUCUCGUACUCGACGUCGCGCUCUCGCGACUGGGACGACGUCGUCUCGGUCUCGGCCGACGAGUCGCUCGGCCGUACCUGGUCCGUCGAGAACAAGCGGGCCGGCAAGUUCACGUGCGCGACCGACGGCAAGGCGACCGUGUCGUGCGUGACGGCGUGCGGCAACUUUGGCCUCGUCGGGUCGCAGGCGGGCGACGUCGUCCUGUUCAACAUGCAGUCGGGCAUCAAGCGCAAGUCAUUCAAGGUGCCGCACGCCGGCGUCAACGACGUGCGCGGGCGACACGUGACGGGCGUGUCGGUCGACGCGCUCAACCGGGUCGUCAUCGUCUCGACGCUCAAGGGUGCUCUGCACUUCUUCGACUUCCAGACCAUGCGGCUACUGUCGACCCUGUCGCUCAAGGCGUCGGUCACGUCGAUCCUCCUCCAGCGCGACAACGGCCUCCUCGCCGUCGUCUGCGACGACCUCGUCGUCCGCAUCGUCGACAUCGAGACUCGACGAGUCGUUCGUGAGCUCGUGGGCCCGCGAGGGCGCAUCCUCGACAUUGCCUUCUCUCCCGACUCGCGAUGGGUCCUCGUCACCUCGCAAGACUCGGUCAUCCGCACGUUCGACCGUCACUUCUCGCCGACGGGCGACUUCCUCGCCUCGACCCACGUCGACAGCGUCGGCAUCUACCUGUGGGCCAACCGGGCCCAGUUCGCCGACGUGUCGCUCCUGUCUUUCGUCGAGGAGGAGACGUUGGACGAGGUCGCGCUCCCGACGGUGCAGGGGGUCGAUGCCGAUGCCUCUCUGUCCGCCGUCACCGCGCCGAGCAAGUGGGAGGACAUCCAGCCGCACACGACCCCGGACCAGCUCGCCGACUCGCUUCUCACCCUGUCGCUCAUGCCGCGCUCCCGAUGGGCGACCCUCCUCAACCUCGAGACGAUCAAGGCGCGCAACAAGCCCAAGGAGGCGCCUAAAGCGCCCGAGCGCGCGCCGUUUUUCCUCCCGACGCUUCCCGGCGUCGACACGCGCUUCGACUUUGGCGGCGGCGCGGCAGGCGACAAGGACAAGAAGGCCGAGGCCGGUGCCGCGCCGGACAAGCGCAAGCUCGACUUUGCGAUGGGCUCGAGCAUCGAGACCGAGUUUGUGGGGCGCAUGACGAGCGAGAAGCGCGAGGGCAGCUACCAGGGCUUCUUCGAGUACCUCAAGGCGCUGUCGCCGUCCAACGUCGACCUCGAGAUCCGCUCCCUGUCGACCAUCCCGCACCUCGACUCGUUCCUCCACGCCCUCCUGCAGCGCCUGCGCUCGCACCGCGACUUCGAGGCGUGCCAGACCUUCCUCGCCGUCUUCCUGCGCGUGCACGGCGACCUUCUCGUCACCAACCACGAGACGCGCGGCGCGCUCGAGGCGAUCCAGGCCGAGCAGAAAAAGGAGGCCGAGCGGCUCAUCGACUUGACGCACUACAACCUCGGCACGCUCGCCUUCCUGCGCGGCGUCGCGCUCGCGUAGACUUGUGUAGAUCCUCCCUGUCGAGCUGCGCGUGCAACGAGAUCAAGCUGCAGGCCACGUCUCCUCUUCG